AUGACAUUUUCUGGUGGCGUGAAAGCAGUGGUCUACACCGAUGUGAUCCAGACUCUCGUCAUGUUCUUUGGCGUGCUGGCUGUUGUCAUCGUCGUUUGCAGGAACCUGGGAGGGAUAGAGGAAGUUUGGGAAGUCGCCGGCCAGGGAGGACGUCUAGAAUUUUUCAACUUGGACCCCAGCCCAUUCACCCGCCACACCCUCUGGUCUACGAUGGUGAUGGGCGUGUUCAUGGUGUUUAGUUUCUUGGGCGUGAGCCAGCCACAGUAUCAGCGCUUCGCUUCUGUCCCCACCCUCGCCCAGGCUCAGCUGACCUUUGCCACUCACUGCCCCAGACUGUCUCUGUUGUUCCUCCUGGGAAUGAGUCUCCUUUGGGGCGUCUUCUACACCUCCGGCCUUGUCGCCUAUGCUCUCUACAAGGACUGCGACCCUCUGACGUCCGGGAAGAUUGAGAAGCCGGACCAAAUCAUCCCUUACAUGGUGACGGAUAAGCUCCAUCACCUGACGGGGAUGCCCGGACUCUUCGUGGCGGCUGUGUACGGCGGCGUUCUAAGACCCGCGCCACUGCAGCUUUCUUCCCGCAGUUCCUUGUCGUCGCAGGGCAACGCCAUCGCCUGCGUGGUGUGGGAGGACUUCCUGAAGGAGAGGCCGUACUUCCGCGGCAUCAGCGACCGCAGCGCCACCAACGUCGUCAAACUGCUGUCGAGCAUGACCGGCCUGGUCGCCAUCGGCGUGGGUCUCCUGGCGGGAAAGCUCGGGACCAUCAACUACGUCAUUUCCCUCGUCAGCGCCGCCAUCCGCGGCCCCCUGUGCGGCCUCUUCUUCGUGGGCAUGUGCGCCCCCUGGGUCAAUACCAAGGUGAAUUCGUUCGGUUUCUCUGCCGCACAGCGGAACUCUCUAGCUUCUCUCCUUGUCACUCCUCUGCCUCAGUUAAUGGCUCUCUUCCUGCUUCAGGGCGCCAUGGCUGGUCUGGCGUUUUCGCUGAUCGUCAACAUAUGGAUGGUGAUCGGGCGCUUCGUGGUUAGCGGGAAGCAGCCCGUACGGCUCCCGUUGUCCCUCGACGGCUGCCUCGACCAGCUAGCGGGGACGCCGACGGCGCUCAACGCGACGCUUGGCCUCCUCGCCAACGCCACCGCCGACGCUUUCACCGCCGUUGCUGCGUCCAAACCAGAGUCAGUCAGUUAG